AUGGAAGACAUAAGAACUGCGGUCAAGCUCAUGAGCAGAGGCUGCUAUAUGGCUACAACUGACUUACAAGACGCUUAUUUUAUGAUCUCAAUAUGCAAAGAGCACCGGAGUUAUUUGCGGUUUAGGUGGAGGGGACAAAUCUACGAAUUUGUUUGUUUGCCAUUUGGUCUGUCGUGUGCGCCGUGGGUGUUUACUAAAGUAAUGAAACCAAUUAUGAGUCUUCUAAGAAGCAAAGGUUAUUUAUCUACUAUUUAUAUUGAUGACUGUCUUUGCUUGGGUGCGACCUUCGCCGAGUGUGUGGCUAACGUUAAGUUUACCACUGAGUUGUUUUGCUGUCUGGGUUUUAUUAUUAAUAAUAAAAGUCCACUUACACCAGCACAAAAAUGCAAUUUUCUAGGUUUCCAUUUGAACUCUGUGACACUAGCAUUAGAAUUACCAUCUGAGAAGAAGGGAAAAAUUCUUGACUUGAUUAAAAAAUUUAGAAGUCCAAUUAGAUGUAAAAUCAGAGACUUUGCACAAUUUUUAGGCACUCUGACAGCAGCUUGCCCAGCGAUGCAGUAUGGUUGGGCCCAUACCAAGAGCCUGGAGAGGGAGAAAUACUUAGCUUUGUUAAAUGCUCGGGACAACUACGAGGCUAGAAUGCAUACAGACCUCUCAACCUCGGCCGAUUUAUCAUGGUGGGAAUCUGUUAUCGGGAGAGCGUCUAACCCGAUAAGAUCAAUGGUGUUUUGCGGAACGAUAUUCUCCGAUGCCUCAGGUACAGGCUGGGGAGCAGCUUGUGAGGAUGAGGUGGUUUAUGGCAAUUGGGACCCGUCGGAGGCUGCAGAGCACAUUAACUAUCUCGAGUUGUUGGCGGCGUUCAGAGCUUUGGAGUCGUUCGCUAGUGACCUAGUGGACGCUGAGAUCCUGCUUAGGAUUGACAGCACUACGGCUAUUGCCUAUAUAAAUAGGAUGGGUGGUACUCGUUACCCAAAACUCAAUAGUAUCGCUCAACGCAUUUGGAGCUGGUGUGAGACUAGGAGGCUGUGGAUUUUCGACUCUUAUAUACCGUCUCGCGAGAAUACAGAGGCUGAUCAAGCUUCUCGUAUGGAGAAUAUUGAUACUGAAUGGGAGCUCGCUCCUUGGGCUUAUUAUCGUCUGUAUAGAGAGCUGGGCAAAAGUAGUAUUGACCUGUUUGCGUCUACGGAUAACCACAAGUGUGAGAAUUAUUGCUCUUGGUUUAGAGAUCCCAAAGCGUUCUGCGUGAAUGCGUUUACGUUUAGCUAUUCACCUAUACCAUUCUACGCGUUUCCGCCUUUUUCGUUGAUAUUGAGGGUUUUAAGAAAGAUCGUAACGGACCAAGCCUGCGGUGUGGUAGUUGUGUCUGAUUGGAGUACCCAGCCAUGGUACCCGCUAUGGUUGUCCUUGCUGCUGGGGCCUUCAGUAAUGUUUAAACCUGAUGAUCAACUUUUUCUUUCUCCUUGCAGGAAGGUCCAACAUCCUUUAGCCGGGAAACUAACGAUGCUGGCGGGUUUAUUAUCAGCCAGACCUUCGGACAGAAAAGUUUAG